UCUUUUAUUCUUGUCGGUCCUGUGCUACCCUUAAGCCUUAUUGAACCUCAUCAAACAAUCCAAGAAAGAAAUGGCCUUACAUGGAGACCUGGUGCUAGGAUGUUUUAUCACAAUUGUCCUGAUGAAUUUUCAGAAAUCAUGGGCUAUUACAGAGAAACAUGUGAUCAUCCAGAUGGAGACCUAUAUGAAACCUGAUAUAGCAGGAGAGUUUAUGUUUGACUUUGAUGGGGAUGAAAUAUUCCACGUGGAUGUUAAAAAGAGAGAGACAGUCUGGAGGCUAGAAGAGUUUGGGAGGUUUGCCAGUUUUGAGGCUCAGGGUGCACUGGCCAAUCUAGCUGUGGACAAAGCCAACCUUGACAUCUGGAUUAAGCGCUCCAACAAUACCCCAAACACCAAUGUACCUCCAGAAGUAACAGUCCUCCCACAGAAGCCUGUGGAGCUGGGAGAGCCCAACAUCCUCAUCUGUUUCAUUGACAAGUUCUCUCCACCUGUGGUCAAUGUCACAUGGCUUAAGAAUGGAAAACCUGUCACCACAGGAGUAUCAGAUACAAUCAUCCUGCCCCGGGAUGACCACCUUUUUCGCAAGUUUCACUAUCUCACCUUCCUGCCUUCCAGUGAGGAUUUCUAUGAUUGCAAGGUGGAACACUGGGGGUUGGAUGAGCCUCUUCUAAAGCACUGGGAGUUUGAAGCACUAAGCCCCCUCCCAGAGACAACAGAGAACGUGAUGUGUGUCCUGGGGCUGGUUCUGGGUCUGGCAGGCAUCAUUUUGGGGACCAUCUUCAUCAUCAAGGGAGUGCGCAAAGGCAAUGCUGUUGAACGUCGAGGGCCUCUGUAAGGGAUAUACAGGCAAUGGAAUGUCUACAGAGAAAACCAAUGAAAAAAUGUCUGUUUUAACAGUUUUAUAAACAUGGCAAUACUCCUGUUGUUCACCUCAGUGAAGACAAACCUGCUUCCGGAUUUUCCAGCUCUUUGCUUAUCCUAAGAGUACUGAUACCUCUCCACUAUCUCCAUAUUCUCCCAUCUAGUGUUGUCUAUUCUCCCAUCUGUGUAUGGUUUUCAUCCAUUUCCACUGUCAUUUUAUUUCACCAUAUAAUAUAACAAGCCAUAUAAUGGAACCAUAUAAUGGAACAAGCCCCAUAGGACCCUUUCACGGAUAUGGGACCUUUUGGAUAUUCAUGUAUACUUAUUACUUGUGAUUUCUUCAAGCUUUGAUUGUGAUCUCUCUUAAUGCAAUAAACUGUUGGAUGGUGUGAA